CGGGCCGGGCCGGGCCGAGCCGAGCCGGGCCCCCCGCCGAGCCCGCCGCCGCCGCCGGGGCUCUGCGAGGAGCGGGUGCUGCCCCGCCGCGGGACCGCUCCGGCCCGGGCGCCGCCUCCUGCCGCCGCGGACCGAGCCCAAGGAGCCUGGUGAGCACGGUCACAGAGCUACAGCCUGGCUCUGCCCACCCCGCAGCCAGUGCAUGGACCACCAACAUCCUCCCUCUCACGAAUGACAGCAGCAUCCUGGCAGACGAGACACCUUGGAGAGAGUGUCCAGACUGUCUUCAUGAAGGACAGCUCUGGAGCCCAGGGGAACACAAGGUGCAUGGGAUGCUGAAUCUGGCCUAGUCCCCAAGCCCAGGAAGCUGUGAGAGGUGCAGGGACAUCUGCGGGGGAGCACGGUCAGUGCCUCUGCAAGGGCUCUGCUGCACCAUCCCUGAGCAAUGGUCUAGGAAACACUGGAACCAUGAAGGGCUUGGGAGAUAACAGAAGCCGCCACCUCUCCGAUAACCUGGACUCCCCUCAAGACUCUCUUUAUGCCCCCCAGGACAGGAACCCUUAUCUCCUCAGCCCCACUGACUCCUUCACCAUGGACCCCCGAUUCCCAGCCCAGAAUACCCUCCAUGGCGACUGUCUCCUUCCACUCAACAACCAGAUCUCCAACAGCAGCACUUUCCCCCGCAUCCAUUACAACUCCCACUUCGAGGUCCCAGAUGACAACCCUUUUCCAAGCCAUGCCCAAGCCACUAAAAUCAACCGCCUGCCUGCAAACCUCCUCGACCAGUUUGAGAAGCAGCUGCCCAUCCACAGAGACGGCUUUAGCACCCUCCAGUUUCAGAGAAGCGAUGCAAAGCACCGGAGCGAGAGCCCUGGCCGCAUCCGGCACCUUGUCCACUCUGUCCAGAAGCUGUUUGCCAAGUCGCAGUCUCUGGAGGGCCCCACCAAAGGCAACGUAAACGGCAAGAAGGGGGUGGAUGACCCCAAGCAAAACCGGAGGAGCAAGAGCAAAGACCGCGCGAAGACCUCCGAGCCCAAGCGGAGGAGCAGAUCUAACAUAUCAGGCUGGUGGAGCUCAGAUGACAACUUAGACAGCGAUACCUGCAGCUACCGCAACCCAAUGGGCCUCAUGACGCUGGGCCGGCAGCCGGACCACAGCCAGCCAAAGUAUUUCAUGCACGCUUACAAUACCAUCAGCGAACACAUGCUGAAAUCCUCCAAGAGCAAUAACGACCUCAAGGUCACCCCUUGCACCAAUAUCCCCAUCAACAAUGACUCCAACUACAUUAAGAGGGGCUCCUGGUCCACACUGACGCUCAGCCAUGCCCGGGAAGUGUGCCAGAAGGCCUCUGCCACGAUCGACAAAGCCUUGCUGAAAUCCAAGUCCUGCCACCAAGACUUAGCCUACCACUACCUGCAGCCUGACGGAGGGCUGUGGGCACAGCUGGGUGGCGUGAGCCCGGCCAGCAGCUGGGCAGCCCCACCACUCGGCUGGGAGGACACGGGUGCCACCCCGCUGCAGCCGAGCGAGCCCCCACGGAGGUGGGACCAGCCCCUCAGCCCUGGGCCGACCGACGCAGGCAGCGGCCAGGUGCCUCAGGGGGAGUGGAACAACACGCUCUCUCGGGACAAAGACAGUGAGAUCCCGUGCCGGCGCAUGCGGAGCGGGAGUUACAUCAAAGCCAUGGGGGAUGAUGAUAGUGAAGACUCAGAAACCAGCCCCAAACCAUCCCCGAAAACUGCAGCUCGGAGGCAGAGUUACCUCAAGGCCACCCAACAAUCCCUGAGUGAGCAGAGCACCACACAAAGGAGCCUGGACCGCCUGGACUCUGUCGAGAUCCUCCUACCUCCGAAGUUCCCAACCUGGGAGGAAGAAUACAACCAGAUCUCUGACGGCGUCAACGAGUCCAGUUGCAUCAGCCAGGUGCCGGAGACAGAGCUGGGGGAGCAGUAUGAGGUGGUCUGCGACACUACCUACAGCGAGGCCGAGUCGGCCGCCGCGGAGGUGCUGGACCUGCCUCUGCCCAGCUACUUUCGCUCCCGGAGCCACAGCUACCUCCGAGCCAUCCAGGCGGGAUGCUCCCAGGAAGAGGACACGGGCUCCGUCCGGUCCAUCUCACCCCCGCCGGCGGGCAGCCUCAGCGGCAGCAGGACCCUGCCCACCAACAGCAGUUCAUCAUGCCUAGUGGCAUAUAAAAAGACUCCACCUCCUGUCCCACCUCGGACCACAUCAAAGCCGUUCAUCUCUGUCACUGUGCAGAGCAGCACUGAAUCAGCACAGGACACCUACCUGGACAGCCAGGACCACAAGAGUGAGGUGACCAGCCAGUCGGGGCUCAGCAAUUCUUCAGACAGCUUGGACAGCACCAGGACACCCAGUGUGACGAGGGGAAGUGUUGUGACUCCAGCGAGAGAGACUCCAGAGUUACCCCAGAAAAAUGCAACUUUGAAAAGUGACAAAGGGACUCUAACUAGCGAAGAGCCUAAAGUGGAGAACAUCCCCAAAAGAAAGCUGUCAUCUAUAGGAAUACAAGUUGACUGUCUUCAGCCAGUGGCAAAAGAGGAGCCUCCUCCACCAGCCACCAAAUUCCAGUCCAUCGGGGUACAGGUAGAGGACGAGUGGCGAAACAGCCACUCUCGCAGCAUGUCCUCCAAACAGGACACAGACUCUGACACACAGGAACCUAAUAACUCUAGCUGUAAAUCAUCUGAGAGAAGCCUCGCUGAGUGCCCCCAACACAACAACUCUGUUGGUGUUGAUGCCACUACCAGGCAACCAGCCAAGCCCUCACAGAUUAAGAGAAACCUCUCCUAUGGAGAAAACAAUGACCCAGCCCUGGAGCCUUCCUCUCUUCCUCCUCCUGAUCCCUGGCUUGAGACAUCCUCCGCCUCGCCAUCAGAACCCACGCAGCCAGGAGCCUGCCGGCGGGAUGGGUACUGGUUUCUGAAGCUGCUGCAAGCAGAAACAGAGCGGUUAGAAGGCUGGUGCCGCCAGAUGGACCAGGAGACCAAAGAGAACAAUCUCUCUGAAGAAGUCUUAGGAAAAGUCUUGAGUGCAGUGGGAAGUGCACAGUUACUAAUGUCGCAGAAGUUCCAGCAAUUCCAUGGCCUCUGUGAACAAAACUUGAACCCUAAUGCCAAUCCCAGACCCACAGCCCAGGACCUAGCUGGGUUUUGGGAUCUCCUGCAGUUGUCCAUUGAAGACAUCAGCAUGAAGUUUGAUGAGCUGUACCACCUGAAAGCUAAUAGCUGGCAAUUGGCAGAGACACCGGAGAGAAAGGAAGAGAAGAAACCACCCCCUCCAGUGCCAAAGAAGCCAGCAAAGUCCAAAUCCCAACUGAACCGGGACAAAGCCUCUGACUCAGACAAGCAGCGCCAGGAAGCUCGCAAGCGUCUUAUGGCAGCCAAGCGGGCUGCCUCCGUCCGGCAGAACUCUGCCACGGAGAGCGCAGAUAGCAUUGAGAUCUACGUACCUGAGGCACAGACCCGCCUUUGAGCAAAGGGGCAGAGGAAGGAACCGCGUGGUUUUUAUAAGUCAUUAAAAAGGAAAAAAAGGUUCUCUCUAAACUAGUGUGAUUUAUUCAGUCUAGAGACAAUGAGCCAUCCUUGAAAAGGGCUCCUGAGUUGGCUUUUUUCUCUCAGCUUUAAGUAAUGAAGAUUUUAAAAAAAAAAAAAAACAAACAAAAAAAAAAAGAAAAAAAUACCCCUCGUUUUCUCACUUGGCUAUGGUGUUGCUGAAUGGACUGAACAGACUCCUGGAAACUCCAGCCCCUCGACUUGGAACUUCAGUCUUUUUACUUGUUCUAUCUAAUGAGAAUUAUUAGCUUGUUUACAAGAAGAGGACAAAACAUGAAGCCUUGAGCACUUGCCAUGCUGUGUUCUUCCUCCUCCUCAGUUUGGUUCUUCAUUCUCAUCCUUUAUUUUUUCUUCCUUCUGCUUCCUUUCUCCCACCCUUUGCAUGGCUUUGUUUACUGUGUUAGAAAUAACCUCUCUUCCACAGAGCUCCCGAAGAGAACACCCAUUCAGUGUGUACUACUGUUGCACUCUGCUAGCAAGCAGCCUUUCUUGGUUUUUCCUUUUGAUGGGGAUAUUGGGGUGGGGGGAGGAUGGGUGGGCAGGGUCAGGGCAGUGUGUUUGUAUUCCUCUGGUUUACUGAAGUGAGAGGAAGACAAGGUCUGUGGACUGUGACACACAGGUGUUGAAAUGCAGCCCAGAAACACAUGUGCAAUAAGCUGGCAAAGGGGGAAGGGGCAGUGCUUGGCUGGUUGAGCCUGAGAGCACAGUACCCUGCUCCAGGUGCGGGAGGGGAGCUGAAGGGCCACAGAGCAACUAUGGGUGCGACCCACACAUGCUUCACUUUGAUAUUUUUUUUUUUUCCUUCUCCUUUUCCCUUUACAAAAUUAUUUUCCUGGAAUUGCUUGUUGAGGAAGAAGCUGCUACACUGGGGGACCUGUUUCAAAGUGGGCUGGGGAAGCAGGGGGAGGGCUGGGGAGAGUGUAACGGUAUUUCAGGGUGGGAGGACUGGGUUUUGUACAAAGAGGAACGCACAGGUAGCUGGUGGUAGGCUGCCUGCCUGUAUGUAUGUGUACAUAUGCACAUAUACACUUAGUAGUACCUGUACAUUUAAUUCAUACACACGUAUACAUGCCCAUGCACACAGUGCAGAUGGUGUACUAAAAGCACCUUGGUGAGAAUGGGCAUAUGUAUAGCAUAUAUUUUUACAUGUACUAUAUCUAGAUGUGUGUAAAAGUGUGUGUAAAAAUAUAUACCCUGUGUGUAAUCAGAUGACUUAUUUUUUUCCUUAUCUCCCUGAUCUCUGGGUAGAGGAAGGAUUGCUAAAUAUUUUUUAGCCCAUUUUCCCCUUUGUAGGUCUCCUUUUCAGUCUGGCUUCUUGAAGCCAGAAUCGCCACCAGCCCAAUUCUUUGCCACCCUCUCAAAAAUAAGCAUUUGGCCCCAUCCUGAGUGAUCUUGCUGGGGAUUUUUUUUUUUUUCCUUCACUUGCUUGAAUGAAUUUCGGGAGAUUGUGUGCUGCUUUUGUGGGGGCAGGGAUAGAAAUCCUAGAGAAGUUUCAGCGAGGGUGGUGGUGGUCCAGAAGGCAAAAAAUAAAAGCAAAAUCCUGAAUGUCUGAGUGACCAUUGUAUACUGUCCAGUGUUGUCUAUGCGUAGGUGCUCUCAGAUUUCUGUCCACCUACCAUAAACUCUCAAACAUGGAAUUGGGCUCCUGUCGAAGCUUAGCCAUAAUGUAACUGAAAUUCAGCAUUGGUUUUUGAAGUUUGUGGGUAGAGACACUGACUUGUUGGGUUGCACUGUCAGGUUUUGGGGAGGAUUGUAAAGAUGCAGUUGUAGGGAUCUUUAGUAUUGAAAUGGAAAUGGCAGGGAAAGGAUUUGUUUUGUUUUAAUUUAUUCUUUCAAAAGUGGUUGAGGCUGCUGCUGGGGAGCUGGCCUGAAGUGCUGCGUUGUCCUGGGCGGGCAGUCUGUGGGCAGCAGCCCCUUUUGCUGAGUUGUCAAAUGCUCACAACCCCUGGGCUGAGAUCCCUCUCCCCCUCGGUGGGCUGCAGUGGCACGGCAAUGCUGGUGGGUCGCCAAGUGAGGUGGGUGGCAGAGGUGCCUGUGCCCGCCUGACUCUCAUUUUGUUUCCUGCCACCUUGGAGGAGAAGAACUUACAGCAGCAAGGACAGCUGGCUGACUUACCGUUUAAAAAAAAAAAAAAUUAAUAAAUGCAGUGUGAAUUUACA